CAUUCUACUACGCCUGAUCACGUUAAAAAGGCAAAUCCUAACGCGAGGCAUCGAUUUUAUUUUGAUCUAGAUCCUAAGAAAAAGAAAAUGUCAAAUCUUGAAUUGGAAAUGAAUAUCGAUAGAAAUAAUCUGAUAUGGAAACUUUAG